UUUGAAGCAGGUCCUGUUAAAUACAGCCGUGGGUUAAUACGGAACUAAGCUGCAGCAACAGGAAUUUGUGAACAGCUAUGAAAAGACCAAAACAACUGCAAGGUGCUGACCUUAAACUAGUGUUUCUUUAACUUCUAGCAGCUGUUUGAGUGUGUCCAUGCAAACCCAAAUUCAUUCCCUGGCUAGUGGAAGUUUCUGAAGCGCGGGAAGCCAUUGGGUAACGUGUUCUCUGGCUGAAGGCAUGAUGUGCAGAGAAGUUUUAAAAGCUCCAAAUUACGGAGGAGUUUUAAAAGCUCCAAAGAACAUUGCUGCAAACAAAGGUCUUUCCACGUUUCUCCUGCCAGUGAUGCGGAAACCUGGAGCUUUGUGUUUCGCUUCAUGGAUCACAGGAACUGGAGUUCUGUGUUUAAACUUCUUCCAGUUAGCAGACUCUGAGUCGGACUGUGAGCUUGGCGAGAGGUGCAUCGGGGAUAGCGAUGAAAACUAUAGCAGCUGGUUCCUGAUGUUGUUUUUCCUGGCCUUGCUCCUGUCCUGUGGGAUCUGCUGCUGCCUGCACUGCUGGCUGAAACGGCGGAGCUGCCCCCGCCACCGACGCACCUUGGCCGUCUUCGCGCUCAGCAGCUCGGAUGCCUUCUGUGCGAGUGAAGUGCCUCAGUGCCCGUUCUCUGGAUCUUCGAGCCCCUGCAUGACUACAGAGAUGUCCUCGUCUCCUGCCCCAUGGUUCAGCCUUGGGGAAACUGAGUUGCCUCCAUCCUAUGAGGAUAUUAUGAAGGAAAACAAGCUCUAGACACCACAUGUUGAGUGUCUGUGAUUCCACUGGGUUAAUUGGAGAUCUUCCAUUAUGCUACAGUAAUGUGAGAUCAAAUCACCCCGUUCCACAGGUUGGCCGAGAGACUGAACAGCAGCACGUAUUUCAUCUGUACCUAAAAGGGGAGACAAAGUGCAACGGAAUAAAUGCCAAAAGCAUGUGCUGAAUCUA